UGCGAACCGAUAUGGAUAAAGGGACCCCACAGAGCCGGCACUGUGCCACUCGCCGCUCUCGGUCUCUUGCACGACGUACACCCUAAGCGAUCGUUGCCGAUCUCUCGACUCAUUAGUGAACGUAAGUAACGUUAGAAACGAAUCAAGAUGUGUGACGAUGAUGUUGCGGCACUAGUCGUGGACAAUGGGUCCGGUAUGUGCAAGGCGGGAUUCGCUGGAGAUGACGCUCCUCGUGCUGUCUUCCCCAGCAUCGUCGGUCGCCCUCGUCAUCAGGGUGUGAUGGUCGGUAUGGGUCAAAAGGACAGCUACGUAGGGGACGAGGCCCAAAGUAAAAGAGGUAUACUUACCUUAAAGUAUCCUAUAGAACACGGUAUCAUUACUAAUUGGGACGAUAUGGAGAAGAUAUGGCAUCAUACCUUUUACAACGAAUUGCGUGUCGCGCCUGAAGAACACCCGGUCCUCCUCACUGAGGCACCCCUGAAUCCAAAAGCUAACCGUGAAAAGAUGACCCAAAUCAUGUUCGAGACCUUCAACAGCCCGGCCAUGUACGUCGCCAUCCAGGCGGUAUUGUCCCUGUACGCGUCCGGUCGUACCACCGGUAUCGUCCUGGACUCUGGUGACGGUGUCUCUCACACCGUACCCAUCUAUGAAGGUUACGCCCUUCCCCAUGCCAUCCUCCGUCUGGACUUGGCCGGUCGCGAUUUGACCGACUACCUCAUGAAGAUCCUCACCGAGCGAGGUUACAGCUUCACCACCACGGCUGAGCGUGAAAUUGUCCGCGACAUCAAGGAGAAACUCUGCUAUGUCGCCCUGGACUUCGAACAGGAAAUGGCCACCGCGGCCGCCAGCACCUCCCUCGAGAAGAGCUACGAGUUGCCCGAUGGACAGGUCAUCACCAUCGGUAACGAGAGGUUCCGUUGCCCUGAGGCCCUGUUCCAACCGUCCUUCUUGGGUAUGGAAUCCUGCGGUAUCCACGAGACCGUGUACAACUCCAUCAUGAAGUGCGACGUCGACAUCCGUAAAGACCUGUACGCCAACACUGUACUCUCCGGUGGUACCACCAUGUACCCCGGUAUCGCCGAUCGUAUGCAGAAGGAAAUCACUGCCCUCGCCCCGUCGACCAUCAAGAUCAAGAUCAUUGCUCCCCCCGAGAGGAAGUAUUCCGUAUGGAUCGGUGGAUCCAUCCUGGCCUCUCUGUCCACCUUCCAACAGAUGUGGAUCUCCAAGCAGGAGUACGACGAAUCCGGCCCAGGCAUCGUCCACCGCAAGUGCUUCUAAGGUGUUGCACCGAGCUCGAGGAUUUACGAUUUUCACCUGCUUUCUUUUCUUUUUUUUUUCUAUCGAUGCUCGACAUUUUAGAGCGACUUCCGCAGACAUGGGCAUACCCGGGGUUUAGAGGGAAGAAAGAGAGAAGAAGGUAGACAA